GUCAGAACCCACACAUCACCCCUCCCAUCCUCAUCGCACACACGACUCUUAGCAAGAACGGGAAUACAUUUUAUUUCAAACUCGUAUUGAAGAAGAAAAAGAUAAAUCAAAUGGCUGAUAACUCUGGAUAUCCAUCAAAGCAAAUGAAGGUUUCACUGGCGAGGAGGCAAGCUCAGAAUAAGUCCCUCCAGCAACAAAAUGAGCAGCUGAAGCUUGAGAAUGAGAAAUUGAAGAAAAAGAAUUACGCAAUCAAGUUGCAGGAGUUCAAUAGUAUAUGCAGUACUUGUCAUAUGAGGGCUGAAAAUGCUUGCCUUGGAACUGAGAUUCAACGCCUUUAUGCCCGUGCUACAAACCAGGAGACUGAAGCACAACCUGAAGAAGUGGACCUUCCAUUCCCCCCUACAGCUGGGUCUCAGGAAGGAGCACCACUCAACCAAGAUGAACCAGCACCACCGUCCAAGUAGGCCUCGUUGGCAUGGCUUCUUUGAUCUCUCCUCUUAUGUCCCUGUGGUAUUCCCAGUGCUUUUUAACAAUUGUGGCUGCGUCAAUAUGUUGAUGAACUAUGGAAAUACCAACAGGAGCAGAAGUGUGGGGGAUCAGGAGGCUUGGCCGGCCUUAGCCUUUAUAUUUAUGCAAUGGAAUUAAAAACUAGCAAUAAAUUCAGUACUAUGUGUGUGCCAAUCCCAAAAUAAAAUUAUGUACUACAGUUGAGCACCUAAACUCUGCUUAAUUGGAAGAUGGUAUAUCUUCUCUAUUAAUUACAUUUCGGACAUGCUAUAUGGUAUUCCAUUUUGCUCGUUCAGUUGAAGUCGUUUUUUA